UGGAACAAAUGACCUCUGCUCUUGCCCUUGCUGCUGCUACUCCUGCAAUUCCUGCUCCACCACUCCCUGCACUUAGAAGUGUCUGCAGCAAAGCUCUGUUGUGUUCUGAGCAUCUGCCUCAAUUCCUAGUACAGCAGCAGCAGCUGCAGCAGCAGCAGCAGCAGCAGCAGCAGCAGCAGCAGCAGCAGCAGCAGCAGCUGCAGCAGCAGCAGCAGCAGCAGCAGCAGCAGCAGCAGCAGCAGCAGCAGCAGCAGCAGCAGCAACAGCUCCUGCAGCCACACGUCCACCAACAUGUGGUGACAAUGCAACACGCAUUGCUGCAGCAGUCAACGCAGAGACCACUUAGCAGCACGUGCGCCCCUUAAUCAAGCUGGGGUCAGCAAAGGCGCA